ACCGGCGUGACGGCUGCUUGAUCGUAGAAUUGUUCUCGGGAUUUUGCGCUGUCAGAGAUUCGCUCCCUCAGCUGAUUUGCCAGAUGGAAGUGGUGGGCAACGUUAAAGCAGACCGCCAAGUAUCUUUGAACAACAACGGACGGUCCAAGUCGCCGUACACCGUUGAAUCCCUGUUGCUGUUGGACAACACGUUGCUGUGUAACAUAGAACCUGACAAUGGCUCGCAGCACGUCUCGCCGGCUUCGGAAAUGUGCAGGCCCCGCCGAGGGUUCGGCGAGGCGGCACAAGCCACCAAGGGGCAGAGCGUUGCAACGGCCAGCCCCAGAGUAUCACCCAGGACACCCAGGAUGUCCCCCAGCAUGACCGAAUGGCAGGACAAGACCUUGAUGAAUCAGAUAUUCGCGCAAUUCGAUUCACAGAACGAGGAUGAAGUUGUUCCAGAGAGUUGCAAUAACAUAAGCACCUUCGACAUAUUUGGCACGUCUUACAGAGAGGAUAUGAAUUCUGAAUUGGGCGAUAAUGUGGAUCGCAAUGUUGCGGAGGCAGCCCCAGGUCAGUUGCGUAAGAGCGCAAUACAUCAAGAUGAAUUAAUGAACGCGUCGUGCUGGCACAUCACGAACUUUGGUGACUACACGUUGGAGGACAGUUCUUUCCAAAAGAAUGACAGAAGUGAUUCGCCAAUUUUAAAAACCAAAUCUAGAGCCUUGAAUGAAUGUAAAAUUUUAAGAAAAAAACCGCGAUGUGACUUAAAUAGCGAUGUGUCGUCGAAGGAGGCGAAAAGUGAAACAGACUCCAUAAAUUCUUCUUCAUUUUAUGGCCUGCCGAACACUGUAAAAAAAUUGAUACAAGAAGUCAAGGGAAUUUCUGAAUUAUAUCAAUGGCAAGACGAAUGCUUAAAAUUGGCUAGUAGAACCAAGAAGAACUUAAUUUAUGCUCUGCCAACAAGUGGCGGCAAAACUUUGGUUGCAGAGAUAUUGAUGUACAGGGAGAUUAUAUGUAACAAGAAGAAUGCCAUUUUUAUACUUCCAUAUGUGGCUUUGGUACAGGAAAAGGUUCAAUCGAUGGCUAUAUUAGCAUUGAAAUUAGGUUUCUUAAUCGAGGAAUACGCGGGUACAAAAGGGCGUUAUCCACCAAUCAAACGGCGAAGAAAAAACAGCCUUUACAUAUGUACAAUAGAGAAAGCAUUAGGACUUGUAAAUAGUUUAAUAGAAACGAAACGUUUAGCCGAGAUUGGCAUUAUAGUUGUCGACGAAUUACAUCUUCUUGGAGAAUCUGGAGGAAGAGGAGCCACAUUAGAGGGCCUUCUUACAAAGAUAAUGUUCUUCAGUGAUGUAAUACGCUUGAUUGGGAUGAGCGCGACGAUAGGCAAUUUAGAAGAAAUCGCUCAGUUUCUUGACGCAGACACAUAUUCUCAAAACUUUCGGCCAGUUAAAAUAACAGAAUAUAUGAAAUGUGAGAAUGACAUGUGGGUAGUCAAUUUGAAUAGCGAAGAAUUGUUGGUAGAUAUGAGCACCAACGAUUACAAGUACUCAGAUGAGGCAGCAAUGAUGGAUCCAGAUAGAAUUGGAGGUUUGAUAAUGGAAGUGAUACCAAACGAUUCAUGCCUUAUAUUCUGCUCAAGUCGUAAAAACUGUGAGAAUGUGGCCUUAUUGUUAACCAAAGUCUUGCCUAAAAGUUUGUAUAAUCACAAAGUAAACGAAAAGAAGACCUUGUUAAAUGCGCUUGUGACUGAAGAAGGAUUAUGCUCCAUUUUGCAAAAAACUAUCAAACAUGGUAUAGCCUAUCAUCAUUCUGGCCUCACGUCUGAAGAACGGCGCUUGUUAGAGGACGCCUUUAGAGAAGGUACUCUAUGUGUAAUAUGCUGCACGUCGACUUUAGCGGCUGGUGUCAAUUUGCCAGCGAGGAGGGUAAUUCUACGUAGUCCUUAUGUUGGUAAUCAGUUCUUAAACUUAAGUAGAUACAAACAAAUGAUUGGUCGUGCUGGUCGCGCUGGUAUGGGAGUUUUAGGAGAAAGUAUACUUAUCUGUAAAAAGACCGAGAUCAGUAAAGUAAAAGAUCUCUUAAUUUCUCAAAUGGACGAUUCACUGAGUAGUUUAUACAUAGAAGGCGACAGGGGACUGAACAAUUUGAUUCUGAGUGCAAUACUAUUAAAUAUGGCAUCGACCAGGUCCGAAUUGCACAAAUUGGCAGCUACAACUCUACUCAGUAUUCAACAAAAUAGAAUAGGCAUUAAUCUGAAGGCAAUCGUAGAUGAAACAAUAACGGCGUUAUUAAAAUGUGGCGUGAUAAAAGUGAAGAGCAAAGGAAGCAAUGCUGGUAAUCCUAAUGUAACUGUUGUUAUUCCAUCUCAAGAACCAAUGUGUACGAAGAAUUUACCAGUUAAAAAGGGAAUAAAAACGAUCACGUUUACGAGUGAAACUGAGUUUCAGCUUUGCGAUUUGGGACAAGCUGCAAUGAAAGGGCCGAUAGACUUGAAAACCGCAUAUACAUUGUACGAAGAUUUAAAAACGGCUCAGAAGCAUUUAAUCUUAAUUGACAAUCUCCAUCUUCUGUAUCUCGUCACACCUUAUGACAGUGUGUCUCAAAUCACUCCCGUCGGCAGUAUCUACUAUGAUGUGAUAAUGGAGUUGACUGAAAGCCAAAUGCAAGUUGCUAGACUUCUUGGAAUAACCGAAGCUGCGGCAAAUAAAUUACGUGAUGGAAUAAUGCCUAAGUCCGUCGAGAAGAGGGUAGUUCAUAGAUUUUACGUGACAUUAAUAGUACACGAAUUGUGGAACCAUCAUACAGUUUAUUCCGUUGCUGAGAAAUAUCAAGUUAGUAGAGGUGUUAUACAAAGUCUCUUAAAUACGGUAUCAAUAUUUGCAUCUUCUGUAGUCAGAUUUUGCCAGGAAUUACCUGAGUUUUGGGCAUUUACUGAGAUGUUAAGUACAUUCAGUAAAAAAUUAUUUUACUGUUGCCCAUUAGAGCUAGAAAAAUUGAUGGAGCUUCCAUCCGUUAAAAUAGGUAGAGCUCGUCAAUUAUACAAAGCUGGCUAUAAAACUUUACAAUCUAUAGCAAAAGCCGAUCCUAGAGAAAUAAAGGAAAAAAUUCCAUAUUUAAGUAAUAAAAUAAUUGCGCAAAUUGUAGCUGCUGCGAAACUUUUACUAUUACAAAGAGCAGAAGAUUUAAAAGAUGAGUGGGAAGACAUUUUAGACGGUAUAAAUAUAAGUCAAAUAGAAGUAAAUAUUGUAAAUACUAAUAAUUUUUUAUAAUUUUUUCUAAACGAGAAUUUAUAAGUCUUGGGAAAAAUUUAAUCUUUCACAGACUUUUGACGAAAAUAUAAAUACAAGUAAAUAUAUGACUUUCACAUCUGUAGAGAACAAUUAUAUAUAAAAUUCGAAUUGUGUAUAUGUAUAAAUAAUGUAGUGUACAACGAAAUAAUGCGCUUAUUAAGUAUUCAUGUAAUAUUAAUUAAAUGAGAUAAAUUAUUUUUUUUGUAAAAA